AUGUGGACAACAUAUGAGCGAAAUGAACGUCAGCGACAGCGAGCAUUGGAACUCAGCUCGAUUGCCCGCUUUUUCGAGCCGAUGCCGAUUCAAGGGGUAUUUUAUGGAGAAAACGAAGAAACGCAUGUUAUCAAGAAGGCGAAAAUAAUCGGUUUCAAUCCUCGGCCAGAGCUCGUGAUGGCCAGUAUGCCUUUUUAUCCGGACUACGUCGAAAGUUCUGGCAAGGAGGAAAAGAAGAAGGAAGAAAAGCCGAAGGAUCCAGAUGUAGUUUUGUGGGUUCCCAUCUGCUGUCAGCCAUGCGAGGAAAGGAUUACUGUCCCUAUCAGCCAAAUGAAGGGGGUCAAGUCGAUAGUCUGCGAUAUUUACAAGAAGAAGGUGGUCGUCUCCGGAAAGGAUUUGAACGCUAUUGAGAUCCUGCUCAAGUGCCAGAGCAAGUUCUGCAAGGCUGCUUUCUGGAAAGACGACUGA